GAGAGCUUGUACAGCAUGAGGCUGGUGUGGAAAUCCCUGGACAAGAUGAGGUGUCUGAGGAAACGCUCCACUAUCCCCUUCCUCGGCUUCCUCAUCACCUUCCUCCUCUUCCUCAACCUCUACAUUGAAGACGGCUACGUGCUGGAAGGAGAUAAAAGGCAGCUCAGGGAAACAUCAGUCCACCCUUCGAGCGCGGAGCGAUACGUUCACACCUUCAGAGACCUGAGUAAUUCCUCUGGAACCAUCAAUGUCACGUACCGUUAUCUCGCCGGUACCCCACUGAACCGCAAGAAGUAUCUCACCAUUGGACUGUCGUCAGUCAAAAGAAAAAGAGGGAACUACCUUCUGGAGACGAUCAAAUCCAUCUUUGAUCAGUCCAGUUACGAGGAGCUCAAAGAGAUCGUGGUCGUGGUCCACCUGGCAGACUUUGACCUGGUCUGGUGUGAGAACCUGGUGCAGGAAAUCACCAGGAAGUUUGCCCACCACAUCAUAGCGGGACGCCUCCUGGUGAUCCAGGCCCCGGAGGAGUACUACCCGUCUCUGGACGGGCUGAAAAGGAACUACAACGACCCGGAGGACCGGGUCCGUUUCCGCUCCAAGCAGAACGUGGACUACGCUUUCCUCCUCAACUUCUGCACCAACCUCUCUCACUUCUACAUGAUGUUGGAGGACGACGUGCGCUGCUCCAGGAACUUCCUGACGGCGCUGAAGAAGGUGAUCACCUCCAGGGACGGUUCCUACUGGGUGAUGCUGGAGUUCUCCAAGCUGGGCUACAUCGGGAAGCUGUACCACUCCAGAGACCUGCCGCGUCUGGCCCACUUCCUCCUCAUGUUCUACCAGGAAAUGCCCUGCGACUGGCUCCUGAUCCACUUCAGGGGUCUGCUGGCCCAGAAGGACGUGAUCCGCUUCAAGCCCUCGCUGUUCCAGCACAUGGGCUACUACUCCUCCUACAAAGGAGCGGAGAACAAACUGAAGGACGACGACUUCGAGGAAGACUCCAUAGACAUUCCCGACAACCCUCCCGCCAGCAUGUACACCAACAUCAACGUCUUUGAAAACUAUGACGCCACAAAGGCUUACAGCACCGUCGAUGAGUACUUCUGGGGGAAGCCUCCGUCCACGGGAGACUUCUUCAUCGUAGUAUUUAACAAAUCUACCAAAAUUAGUAAAAUUAAGAUUGCUACUGGUUCUGACGACCGACAGAAUGACAUUCUUCACCACGGAGCUCUGGAGGUCGGAGAGAAACUAGUCGGGACUAAAAAAGGGAAACAGUGUUCCUCUUAUAUCACAUUAGGGGAGUUUAAAAAUGGCAACAUUGAAGUGCAAGAUGUAGACCACAAAAUUGCCUUUGACAUUGAGUGUGUUCGCAUUGUGGUUACAGCCAGUCAGAAAGAGUGGCUCAUCAUCAGAAGUAUAAGUUUAUGGACUACACAACCCCCCAACCAAUAA